GGUCUGCAGGAGAGCUUUCCCCGUUUGAAGCGCAAUAAUAUGCUGUUAGUGCUAUGAAUGAAGUUGCUUACAAGAUUGACUUUGGUCGAACGGAGGACUGAUGAAGGAUUUACCAUAGGUUUUCUUAUGAGCUAUUUUUUUUGUUUUUCAUCGACGUCGACGUAAUACGCAGGUUUUGUACUCCUGGAGGAGGGCGGAGCUUUCGUAUCUGCUUUUUAGGCUUCUUUAUAUCAUCCAUGCUAAUGGAAGACUUUUUAUGUUGAAGACGGACCCACACUUGCGAAGAAGGGGACGCUUUAAUCUGUAAUCUCAUUUGUAAAUCAUGCCUUGGACUUCUUUGAAACCUACAGUAGGCUGUCACCCUCGACAAUCCUACUCAGGGGUCUUGGGGGCAUAGCCGUAGAACUGUUUUUUUGAUGAAACAAGAAAUCAAGCUCGAAAACAGGGAUUAUUCACCUACUUGUCUAUCGGGUAAAAAUGGAGGCAAAUUCAAUCUCGGUUGCGCUCAGAAGGUCCCCACAUUCGAAAAACGAAAGAUGUGCACUAUGUAGAGCAUUUUCCAGGAUUGGUGAGCUGUGCACCUGUGGCUGCAUAUUGAUGCCCUGGCCUCGUACGUUGGCCGUCUCGAAGACGAGACUGUCCUUGUUAUUGCGACGCGACCGUCACCGCGAGAUGCCAUUCCCUUUGAGAGAGACGCGGGUCAAAUGCCUAAGUACAUCCAUAGACAAGUGGAACUACGUCAACUCUGGAUGGAGUUUUUGGGAGACAGUGUAGUGAGGCAGGAAGAUAACGCAUGAGCGAAUUGAGACGAUGAAUUAUUGUUUUUCUGGAAAAAGAAUCAUGUCACAUCUUGCCGUAAUCUAAGCACGUUACGCAUUCGACAUAUCUCUACUUCAAAUCGAUCAUCCCUGAAGGGGUUUCACAAUGCCGAUCGUUGUAUACAUAAUAAUGUUGUGACAUUGACUUUCCUUCUUUCGGUUUUUGUUUUUUCUAGUUUUUAGGUCUGCUUCACCAACAUAAUAAUGUUGUGACUUACUUUGCGAUGUGUGCUUGGACAUCAUUGUGACAAUUUGGUGUCUUGAUCCUGUACUCAUUAGGUAUCCAAAUCACGUGAUGGCUGAUCGAUGUAAAGUUUGGAAGAAUGUUGCGAUGUCGUUGAAACGCACAGGCAACUACACCACAGCUGCGCAUCUGCGGUGUUUCUCAACGAUUCCGCGUCCAGACGUAUCGACAAUCGCACUUCCAGAAAGCUCUUAUCGUCCUCCUCUCAGUGAUUACAUCAGCUUCUUGGGAAGUAGAACGACGACCACAACGGCUAAUACUGCGGUGUAUCAGGUGAAUCUUGAUCCAGCUUCGAUUGUUGAUUCAAGCACUUUUGCCCCGCGAGCUUUAGCAUGUCAACUUGAGCAGCGGCGUUUUGGGCCCUCAGCGAAGCAGAAGUCUGCUAUUACGAAAAUGCUUAAAGCGCAGAAGGCUUCUCAACAAGCGAAAGCGGCAGAAGCAGAGGGUGGCUCCAAAAAGGGAGAGGCACGGAACGCUCGCGCCGAAACUGGGAAUCGAAAGAAGUAUCCCUGGAUCGGGAAACUCGUAGCCUACAGCGACGUAAAGCAUCGACUUUAG